AUGAGUACUAACAACACAUCGACCGAUAAUCCCAUAUCGUCUAUUGACCGUGUAACGGCAUUAAUAAAUUUUUAUGCUGCAUUCCCCUUUCUGUUCUUUGGCACGAUUGGUAAUCUGUUGACGAUUAUUGUCUUCACCCGGAAAACGUUACGUAGCAAUCCGUGCGUUGUCUAUCUAUCAGCAACAGCGAUUCCAUGUACACUGGCAUUAUACUUUGCUUAUUUAGUGAAAAUUAUUCAAAAUUUCGGUUUUGACUUGGCAGCAAUAUCGGCAUUUUGUAAAAUGCGUCUAUACAUCAUUGAUCCGUCACAAUUCACUUCUUCUUGGUUUAUGAUGUUAGCUUGUAUUGACCGAUAUGCAUCGAGCAGUGAACAUGUUCGUAUACGGAAUUUCAGUCGAUUAUCCGUGGCUUAUCGUUUGAUACUAAUUGUUACUUUGAUCGGAUGUGUCAUUUACACCUAUAUAUUCCAUUGUUAUGAUUCUCAUGUAUCUAAUUCGCCAGUUGUAUGUUAUAUCCGUACCGAUACCACAUUUCCUUGUUACAUAUUUGACAGUGUUAUAUUUUUCGCAUUGUUUAGUACUAUACCACCUGUUGGUAUGACGAUUUUUGGUGCAUUGACAUUUCGUAAUAUUCGCAAAAUGCAUUCUCGUCGAACUGAAUACUUACCAUCAGCCGGCAACGCCGGUAAUCGAUCGAAAACAAGGCAAAAACUUGAUCUGAAAAUACUUCGAAUGUUAUUUGCACAAGUGCUCAUGUUGAUUGUGUCAACAAUGCCAUUGUCAAUUUAUAAAGUCUAUUCGACAGCUACAUUGUAUAUUAUAAAGACUCAAAUGAGACGAGCCAUUGAGAAUCUUCUAUAUCAGAUUGUUCUCACAUUGAGUAAUCUCAAUAAUGUUACAACAUUCUAUUUGUAUUUGUUGAGUGGACCCAUUUUCCGGAAAGAACUCAUACAACUGUUUAAAUGA